AUGUCCCAAGGCUCAAGACUUCAAGGCAAGGUUGCCAUUGUUACCGGCGGCGGCUCUGGAUUUGGCGCAGCAAUCGCUCAGCGCUUCGGCGAAGAGGGCGCCAAAGUCAUCGUGACCGAUAUCAACGCGGAGGGCGGCGAGAGGGUUGCCUCGCAGAACCCUUCCAACAUCAUCUUCCAGCGUCAAGAUGUCACCCAAGAAAAUGAUUGGAACGAAGUAUUGGACCUGGCCUUCUCGAAGUUCGGCCGUCUCGAUGUGUUGGUGAACAAUGCGGGUACUACUUAUCGCAACAAGCCCACAUCAGAGGUCACAGAAGAGGAAUGGGAGCGCGUGUUCAAGGUCAACGUGAAGAGUAUCUACCUCGCGACGAAGACCGUCGUGCCUCGUUUCAUCGAUCAAGGCCAAGGUGGCUCCGUGAUUAACAUCUCCUCCACUGGAGCUAGCCGGCCACGCCCUGGCUUGGUCUGGUAUAAUGCGACCAAGGGGGCAGUCACCAAUGCCACCAAAGGUCUCGCGGCGGAGUACGGCCCGCACAAUAUCCGAUUCAACACCGUUGCUCCUCUCCUUUCUGGGACUGGACUGUUUUCAAUGUUUACUGGUAUGGAGGAUACCCCCGAGAAUCGAGCGAAGUUCAUCGGAAAUGUGCCGCUGGGUCGCUUAACCGAAGUGGAGGACAUUGCCAACAUGUGCCUGUACCUGGGCAGCGAUGAGGGUCGGUUCAUCAAUGGCACUGAGAUGGUGAUUGAUGGUGGAAAGAGCGUUUAA